AUGGACGGUACUGCAACAGAAACUUUCACACUAUACCACAUCGCAUAUCUAGUUUUCCAAUCAGUGUUACAAGUUGUGAUAAUAGCUUUAGCGGGGUUUUGGAGUGCACAUUCAGGUUUGUUGACUAAGCAAGCACAAAAGGUAAUUUCAGCUAUUAAUAUCGACCUUUUUACACCAUGUUUGAUUUUUAGUAAGUUAGCAAAAUCAUUGUCUAUGGCGAGGAUAAUGGAAAUCUCCAUAAUACCAUUGUUUUUCGCAUUGACUACUGCUAUUUCUUACAUUUCUGGUAAAAUUAUGGCUACAGUGUUAGAGUUGGAUCGUGAUGAAACAAAUUUCGUUUUAGCAAAUUCGAUAUUCGGUAACAGUAACUCUUUACCAGUAUCUUUAACCUUAUCUUUGGCAUAUACAUUACCUAAUUUGGUUUGGGAUCAAAUCCCUAAUGAUACAAGGGAUAAUGUGGCUUCAAGGGGUAUAUUAUACCUUCUAAUAUUUCAGCAAUUGGGUCAGAUGUUAAGAUGGAGUUGGGGUUAUAAUAAACUAAUGAAAUGGUCAGGUGAAAACAUGCACCAUAUGCCGCAAACUCAAGUCAAUGCACAUUUAGAAGCUGUUGCUGCAUCACAAGAAAACUCAAGAGAAACCUCCGUAAAUCCUGAUCCAGUAGACACUGAUUUAGAGGAUACUCAACCUGGUCCACAAGAAGCCUUUAGAAAGACUAUUAAUAAAUUGACUGAUUUAUUUACAGUUAUUCGUUCAUAUUUAAAUCCACCAUUAUAUUCCAUGUUGAUUUCAAUCGGUGUUGCAGCUAUUACGCCGCUUCAAAAUGAACUAUUUUACAAUAAUGGUUUUUUAAAUAACACUUUUGGUGAAGCUGUCAUCCAAUUAGGUUCAGUUUCCAUCCCUAUGAUUCUAAUUGUGUUAGGUUCUAACUUAUACCCAUCAAGUGAAACAUUCCCCAAGACGCACAAUCAUAAGAAGUUAUUAAUUGGUUCAAUCGUAGGCCGUAUGAUUUUACCAUCAUGUUUUCUUCUCCCAAUCAUUACAUGUGCAGUUAAGUAUAUCAACGUCAGUAUAUUAGAUGAUCCUAUUUUUCUAAUUGUUGGUUUCUUAUUGACGGUUAGUCCACCAGCUAUUCAAUUAACACAAAUUACUCAAUUAAAUGAAUUUUUUGAGGCUGAAAUGGCUGAUAUUUUAUUCUGGAGUUACGUAGUUUUGAGUUUACCUGUUAGUAUCAUUGUCGUUUCUGCUUCUAUUUGGGUUUUACAAUGGGCAAAUCCCCCAUCCCUCCCACUAUGA